AUGGCUGCUACUGCCCGCGUACUCGCAACGUACGAGCUCCUCGAAGCCAUUCUGCACAAACUCGGGACCAAGGAUCUACUACUCGCUCAGAGAGUCAGCUGCGACUGGCACGGCAUCAUCAGCCGAUCUCAUAAGCUCCAGCGCGCUCUCUUCUUCCUACCAGCUGGAGGACUGGAGCAAGAGCUCCUCAAGAAUCAGGUAAUCUUCCCCAAGGGCGAUCAAGGCACAUGGUCCUGUGACGCCAACUCACUGCCCAUGCUCGUCCACGCCAACCCUCUCCUGAAUAGCCUGCACGCCCUCCUCAAAGAAGAAUCUGUAGUCGACAAAGAGCGAAUUCUGCACCCAGCUUGGCAACGACCCGAGGCCUCGUGGCGACGCAUGCAGCUGUCACAGCCUCAGACUGUCGCACAUAUCGUCUUCACCUACCGUAGCCUGGGUCCUGAGUUUCGUGAUAGCUAUGGGACUUAUGCGGAUCCUGGCGAGGGAGAGGUUCUCCGAGCUGACGAUCUACUAACGGCUAGAAAGUCAUCGGGAGUUCCAGCUCGGAGACCCUGGGGACAAUUUCUCGAUGGUAUUUCGAGUUGGAAGGCGUUGGAGGAUAAUGAGCAGAUCGAGGAGACGACGAAGGGGGUUCAUGAGUGA